AAACCCUAAUCCAUCAGGGAGACCAUUUUCAGAACGAAGUAUCCAUCGAGGAAGCAACCGUACAAUGCGGCAUUCAAGAAUUCUGUUCAACAUCUACAAGCAGAACCCUAGCUCGUUCCUCUUUUCUUCUGAACACCGUCUCCCUACUUUGUCACAGCAUCGCUCAAUCUUCACCUCGUCACCCACCCAUGCCUCGUGGAUGGAUACGAUCAGAAGGGUCUUCACCGGCAAAAAGGGCUCUACAGAGGACCCCAAGGAUGCCGCCCAAUCGUUUACCCUACUCCAUUUUGCUGAUGUGUUAAAGAAUGCCAGAAGGUUAGGGACAUUUAAGCAGUGCAUGGUGGGUCAAAGCAGUGAAGCAACAUUUGUUGAUGCUUUUGAGAAACAGGAAGCCAUUAAUCUUUGAGGUCGAUCCUUCAGGAGAGGCUUUGAGGUCGAUCCUUCAGGAGAGAAUCUCCAAAGUAGUCAUUAGCAAGCAACGGCAAAGCAAUUCAAUUGCACAAUAGCUGAUGUUGAGAAUGCACUUGCAAAGUUCACUUGGGCGAAAGAGGCACACAAGAAGAUAGAGAAGUUGAAGGAAGAAGGAAAACCAUUGCCAAAGAGCAUGGGUGAGCUAAGAGUGGCCAGAUCAGCAGAAAUGCACCUUGUCCGUGUGGUUCCCAGAAAAGAUACAAAAGGUGCUGUGGCAAGGAUUAAGGAAAUCCAAAAUAUAAUGGAUUAGAGUCCCACACCCUUAGCUUUAAAGAGACACCCAAGUGUGGCAGAAUAUUUGAGCAGUUGCAGGUGACAACUAGUUGGGUGUCUUGGUUCGUUCUAUGUUCAAUGAGUUUGUUUGUGGAAGACAGGUAAAAGACAAACUGUCAAACUGAGGUGGCAAUCUGAAUUUGUGCAUUUCUUGUUGAUGACUCUUCUUCACAUGUUGAUUGGAUUAUAAAAUCAAAAAUAAAUCUUUAGUUCUCUA